GACUCCGACCGCGGCGCGCAGUGUCUUAUGAAGACUCAACGCGUCGCUCAAUACUCUUCAAGCGCACCAUGUGCAUACGUCGAACUUAUUUGACGCAUCGCAAGCGGCCUGCCGGAUAGUGACACCCGCGCGCCUGGUCCCCAGAUCUACAGAGACCCACCAUGACGCUACCCUUUAACCAGGAAUCAUGGAUUUGGUACACUUGCGCAAUCUGCAUGAUUGCAGCCAGAAUCAUCUCCAGGAAAAUCCACCUCGGCUCAAUCAGGCGCCUGCAGUACGAUGAUUGGAUCAUGGGGCUCUUCGUCACUACCGCCAUCACUGCGUUGAUCGUGUGCUCCAACAGAUAUGUCAGGGCACAGUCAAACCUCCUUCCGCCCGGAUUCGACGUUGGCUCUCUCACGGCACAUGAUCUUGAGCGCCGUCGAUAUGGCAGCAAACUUGUGAUGGUCGUGGAACAGACUCAGAUCGCUGUGAUCUGGGCAUGUAAAGCCACCCUGUUGAUCAUGUACAACCGCCUAACCAGGACUGCACUCCACAACGAGAAUCUUGCUAUCAAACUCCUCUCCGCAUAUGUCGCGCUCGGCUUUGUUGUGAUGGAGAUACUUUAUUUCACAGCAUGGUGUCGCCCCGUCUCACAGUACUGGGCCGUUCCCGAGCCGACUUCGUCCCAAUGCAACGCAUUGAUAAACCAUCGCAUCACCAAAGCCGUCUUCAACCUAUCGUCAGAUAUCAUCAUGCUCGUCAUAGCAUUGCAGAUGCUGAUCCGCUCUUUACUGCCGAUGAAGAGAAAGGUUAUUCUUUGUGGCAUCUUCUCGUUGGGAAUCUUCGUCAUCAUCGCAAGUAUGCUGAACAGUUAUUACUCAUUCAAGAAUCCGUACAAGCAGACAUGGAUCUUCUGGUACGUCCGCGAGUCGUCGACGGCAAUACUGGUCGCAAAUCUGCCAUACACGUGGACCAUAUUGCGUGAACUGUUCGAUCUCGAAAAUUUCGACGAAAACAGCCCGCCAGCAUGGACUUUUCACUCUGCUCGUACUGCUAAAGGACGGAGAACCACGCAGUCUCUCAGUCGCUCCACCAACCAGGGCACAGCUAAUCGAUCAGCGGCGCUCAGCAAAGGAAGUCACGGCACACAAGCCAUGACGCUCGUCGAUUCAAUGAGCCCACUCAGACAAUAUGGACGCUCGCGAGGAGACAGUCCGCAGGACAUUGCUAUCGAUUUCAAUUUCAAAGAUGAAGCGAUUCACCCUCAUGAUUUCGCAACCAUCACCUCGCCACCUGUAGAUCUCGAGCAUGGCUUCACACACGAUACAAGCCGCCGACCGCAACCGAGAAUCACAGAAGACGGCACUGGUGGAUUCUACUUCAACGAUCGCCCCAUCUCACCGCCGUCGCGCGCAUACUUCGCCCCCAGCAAGCACCGAUCGCAGGCCGACAAGUCCGUCACCCAGCUUCACCAGUCUGGAUAG